CUUAGUACCAGUGCGGCAUGCGAACGGUUCAAAUAAGAAAUAUGACCCCUGUAAGAAACUACCGGGAGGAUCAGAUUUUGCUGAGAUUCUUUAGUGUGAGAUGGAAUACAGUAACGAAAAUACCAAAUCUUGAAUGGUUGAUUGAAUGAUUUUAAGUUGAUGAUGGAUAACGCCGUUGAAGCCAGGGAUCAAAAACGAACGAUCGAUCCAAUACUCAACCUACCUGUAAACUCUCUGGCAACUUCUCUCUGCUUUGUUUGUCCGGCAAAAAUCAAUGCCCCAGCGACAAAAAUCGAACCUGACAUCGAAACUUCCGGCAAUACCUCCUACCCUGACGAGAAGAGCGCAUAUUUUUGCGAAGACGACGACAGCGAGAGUGACAGCGACAGCGACGAUAAUGAACUAUUAUUCCGAUCAUCUUCCAUCUCAAUUACGAAAACAGAUUCGAAUACGUCUAUUCGCGGAGGUCGCCACCUGCAUCGAGUGCUCAAUGAUCGAUUUUUGGCGUCCUGCCACCAAGACGGAGAGGCACUGCUCUGGGAUCUGAACCGUCAAAAAAACGUUGCAAGGAUUGCAGCUCCCCGCGGUGGAUCUGGGCUUUGUGUCCGGCGAACUGACGAUCCUUCGCAAAUUAUGGUUCAAACCCGCGACCCAAAAGGAAUCGUAUCGCUUCACUCGAUCGAACGAUGUCGUCCCAUUGUCGGGUCACACGGCAUUGGCAGCGACAGCGACACCACAAGCAACCACGUUCGCCAAUACGAGACACACAGCCAAACCUUUUGUCGGGCUGCUCCCUGUUACGGAAACAAACAUUUGUUGGCUCUGCCCUCCGAUGAUGAGUCAACGGUGACAGUGGUGGACAACCGUUCGAAUAGCAGCGUGGCAACCUAUUCGGUUCCCGGCCACGGGAUGCUAACGAGCUUGGGACUCGCCGUCACCGACCAUGAAAGAGGGUAUGCUUCUCAUAAUCCAAUCCUUGCGUGUGGCAUGGAAAACGGCACUGCAGUUUUCUUCGACAUCACGAGUGGUUCCGCGAAACCCGUCGCUUCCGAGUCAUCCUUCUCGCUGGGAAAGGAUCCAAUUCUGACCCUCGAUCUAUUGCCUUCCUUUUCUCGUUCUAUAGUGGCCACACACGAGAAUUGCCCUCCGUCAUUCCCGAUCACGAGCAGUUCCAAUGCACUGUUGGUAGCUGCUGGAAUGGCGGGCGAUGCCGAAGAAGUCUCCGAAUUGAGCGAAGACGAGGCGGGUCGGGCCGUCCUGUUCAAAGCCUUCUGUCGUGGCGACAGCACAUCGAGCCCAGCGUGGACGUUCAAGCAACGCAAGCGUUUUUCGACCUGCCGGGUCGAUCGUGACGGUUUCAAUGGCAAGCCCGGAGUUUCGAGCUGCAAAUUUCGUCCAGGCGAUGGACGGCUGUUGGCAAUCGGGGGCUGGGACAGACGCAUUCGUUUAUUUGAACGAUCUACGGGGAAGCCGAUGGCCAUACUGAAGGGCAACGUUGGAAGUGUUGCCGAUCUCGACUGGGCACCCGACUCGAUGAAAUCAGGAUUGUUAGCAAGUGCAUGCAGAGGAGAAAAAUCGAUAUCUAUUUGGCAAUGCUAUGCAAAGCGUUGAGCUCUCUCUUGAAAAAUAUGAAAAUGCCCUUUAUCGCUUUCUUGGACUCGUUUAACUCAAAUGAAUAUAUGCUAUCAUCGAGGAAGAAAGUAAACUACAGUAUAAUGG